AUGUCACACAACUCUGACCUCUCAGGCAAAAGAAACACCAGCCGACCCGUCUUUACCUCGUACGAGCGGCAGCUAGCCAAAGCCGCCUGGACCGCCUCCUCCGCCCGUCUCUCGCGCGAAUCCUUCCUGCCGUUUGCGUCAUGCUCUCUCUGCCUCGAAACCGCCAUCGACCCGGUCGCCUGUCUGCACGGCGACAUCUUCUGCCGCGAAUGCGCUCUGACCAACAUCCUGGCGCAAAAGAAGGAGAUCAAGCGCGCCGAGAAGCUGCGGGAGCAGGAGGAGAAGGAAGCAGCUGAGGAGCAAGCAAGAAGAGAUGCCGAGGCACAGGAGAGGGCGAUUAGGGAGUUUGAGCUUACGCAGGCCGGAUUGUCGAUUCAGAGGGGCAAUGGCAAUGGGGAUGAUAAGCGGGACAUCACAUUACCAAAAACCGAAUCGACAUCAACUAAGAAUGGAGAUGAGAAGAGGAUAGAAGAAAAGAGGGGAGAGAAACGCAAGUUUUCUCUGGACGGAGACGAGGUUGCGAGGAUUGCUGAAGAGGAGCGAGCCAAAGCAAGGAGAGCCAUUGAAGACGAAAAGGCCUCGAAACCCAAACUCCCUUCCUUCUGGUCGCCCUCCGUAACUCCCUCCUCGAACUCCAAAGACAUCCUCCACGACAUCAAGAAGAAAGUCAAAACCCAACCGACAUGUCCCGCCGCGCCCGAAGACAGACCGCACUUUUACUCGCUCCACACGCUUGUCGCUAUCAACUUCACGGAAGAGGAGGACUCGAGCACGAAAACCAAGACGAGGAUAUGUCCCGCCUGCAAGAAGUCGCUGUCGAAUUCGUCGCGAGCAACUCUGGCGAAGCCAUGUGGCCAUGUGCUUUGUAAGAACUGCGUCGACAAGUUCAUGAAGCCUACGGGCCAUCAUGAUCCGCAUGCGCCGGAUGUAGAUCCCGAUGCUAUCGUGUGCUAUGUCUGCGAUACGGAGUUGACGGAGAAGAAAGAGUCGAGUAGUAAAAAGGGGAAAGAACGGAAGAAGGAGAAGAAAGAGAAGGAGACGAUAAAACCUGGGUUGGUGGAACUGAGGCGCGAAGGUACGGGGUUCUCAGCUGGAGGCACGAAUCAGGUCAAGAAAGACGGAGUCGGCUUCGCGUGUUAAGUUCUGCCCUUAGACAUUCACGUUCACCAUUACCCUCACAGAUAUGUAUACCCUCCAGCCAAAACAGAUAAAGAUUUUGAUCAAAACAUGCUCAUCCCUAAAAUAAAUACAUACAUA